CUCUCUCUCUCUGUCUCUCUCUCUCUCUCUCUCUCUGCCGUGACGUCAGUCGGGUUUAAAACUCUCCUCGCGUGUCUCUGGUCGGAUCCCCUCUGGUCGGAUCCUCCUCCUCCUCCUCUUCCUCCUCCUGCUGCUCCUCCUACCCACAUUCACCUUUCUCACGGAGCUGGCCACCGGCCAAUGCGAGACACCACCUCUUCUCAGGGUGUCUGUCCCAUGCGUGGGAAGCACAACAAAGUCAAGGGCUUCACUUGAGAGGGUCCGGAGGGGAGCGGUAAAACACACACACAAAAAAACCAGGGGAGCACCAUUGCAUCCUUUUUAUUUCUGACGUUUUCGAAAGAGAAGCUCUUUUUUCGGUGGAAACCUCAGCUCAUACCGUUUUGUCACGGAGGACAAAAAGACGACCGUGUGGAGACAUGAACAAGUCACUGGUGGUGAACGACUCCUCUGCCAGUGCCGUGGCAGGAGAAGCUCUCCCAUGGCUGGAAGCUGAUUCUCUCGAGCACAACAGCAGCCUGCAGCUCUCCACCGCCACUUUAGAUUUCCCCAUCAACCCGUGGGACAUUAUGCUCUGCAUGUCAGGCACUGUCAUCGCCUGUGAAAACGCCAUAGUGGUAGCAAUCAUCUUCUACACGCCAACACUAAGGACUCCCAUGUUUGUGCUGAUUGGGAGCCUGGCCACGGCAGACCUGCUGGCUGGUAUGGGAUUAAUCCUGAACUUUGUGUUUCAGUAUGUGAUCUCCUCUGAGACUAUCAGCCUUAUCACUGUAGGCUUCCUAGUGGCCUCCUUCACUGCGUCUAUCAGCAGCCUUUUGGCCAUAACAGUGGACCGUUACUUCUCCCUCUACAACGCUCUGACAUACUUUUCAGAGAAGACAUUACAGUACGUACACCUGAUGUUAUUGGGGACCUGGGGUGUGUCUCUGUUCCUGGGCUUGCUGCCAGUGCUGGGCUGGAACUGCCUGAGCGAGCCAGACUCCUGCAGCAUCGUUCGCCCUUUGACCCGGAGCAACGUCACGCUCCUGGCCACCUCCUUCUUCGCAAUCUUUGUGAUCAUGCUGACCCUCUACUUCAAGAUUUGUAAGAUCGUGUGCCACCACGCCCACCAGAUCGCCCUCCAGCAGCACUUUUUUGCCACAUCACAUUAUGUGGCCACUAAGAAGGGGGUCUCCACUUUGGCCAUCAUCUUGGGGACAUUCGGCGCCAGCUGGUUGCCCUUUGCUAUCUAUUGCCUGGUGGGCGAGAGGGAGUAUCCCUCAGUGUAUACCUAUGCUACACUGCUGCCUGCCACCUAUAACUCCAUGAUCAACCCUAUCAUCUACGCCUACAGAAACGCAGAGAUCCAGCGCUCCAUCUACAUGCUUCUCUGCGGAUGCUUUCAGGCAAACAAGGCAUACCGAUCCAGGUCACCAAGUGAAGUCUAAAGUGGCGCCAGGGCUGCGAGUGUGUGUCUGUUAGUGUGUGAGAGUAGACCAUCCUGUGACCAUUGACAAUCUGCUUACAAUCCACAGUGAACAGGGGUGUGAUGCUAGAAAUGUGUCUUUCAUACAUACUGUCUGCACUUUACUAUGUCUCAACACAAUGUUCGAAUGAGAUUUUGGAAAUGCUGUGAACAAGAAACUUCUGUGAAAAAGAGAAAACAAACCUGUGAAUGUACUUAAAUGAGAAAAGGAAUGGAAAAAUAUUGCACUUUAGUGUGAUUUCUUUUUUUUUUAAAUGCCAAAGCAGUAUUGUAUAGCUCUUAUUGUAUCUAAACAUUUGAACUUGUGAGUACCGUGUACCAUUUUUCUAUUUUGUAUGGUAUUGUCUUUGAUGUAUCUUUUUUACAAGAGGAAUAAAGAAAUACAAUCCAGCUGUGGCUCCAUCACGUGUCUUUACAGUAGCACGUUUCUCUCAGGAGUCACUGUGCUACACCUGACUUGUUUUCGAUUUUUUUUUCUUCACUUCGUUCCAGUCUCUCCCUCCGGAGUGCAGGUGGGGUCUG